ACUAAAAUUAUUUAUUUUAAAAUCGUGAAAAUUUUCUUGAAUUCUGUUAAUGUGUAAUGUGAAAAGACUCAAAACAGUAUCAAAUUAGUGUGGUUUUCAUGUAUUCUUUCGUUCAUAGUCAAAAUGUGGGAGUCACCAUACAUGACUUGUUUUAUUCUCUACAUAUUUUCUUUUCAAAUAAUUAUCACUGAUUCUCGUACUUCUAAUAUUUGGAAAUUGGACCCCGAAAAGAGUCAAAUAGUCGACGGUAGCACGUUACCGCAGGAUGAGUCGAAUAAGUCUAAACUGAAUGAAGCCGAUUCGAUUUUCAAUAUCAUAACAUCAACAGUAUACUACGGUAACACAUGGACUAAACAUGGUUUUGACAACAUGUUCUGCACGGAUUGUCAGAUGUACGAACAGCAGAGGGCUAAUGGUGAAAAUGGUGACAUAUCAAAUACGGACACAAACAAUGACUUAGAGGAUGAAUACUUGGAUUGUGGGAAAGCAGUAAAUUUUACAUAUUACGACAAUCUUGUCGGGGUGGCAAGACGACACCGACAUCCAAAUGUACCUGAGCCACAGGUGGCGCUUAUAUUUACUAAAAAGAAGUCCUUCAAAAAUGGAGUAACAGAACUUGAUAUAAGUGCUUUAGAGAGAAAGCUAAAGAAGGCGAAACGCGAGAAGCCGAAAUCGGUGCAGCUUUACAACCAAAUAGGCAACUUCUGGAGAAUAAAGGGAGACACUAGACAGUCAAUUGAGUGUUUCCGCAGAGCUCUAGCUGUCUCACCAUACAAUGCUGAGGUGCUCCUAAACCUCGGGCGCGUGCUGUUCACGCUGCAGUACCUGGACGACGCGAUCUACCUGACGCGGCGCUCGCUGGAGGUGCAGCCGCCGGACCGCAGCGCCUGGCAGCAGUACUUCACGCUGGGGGAGAUAUUCAAGGCGUACGGCCAUUAUCAGGAGGCUGCGGUGCACCUGCGGCACGCGUUAGACCUGAGGCCGGACUUCGAGCCCGCCGUCGCCGCGCUCAAAGACAUAGAGAACAUACCGGAGGCCUCGGUCCACGUCUACACACUACUCAUCAUUGUUUGUUUGGUGAUGGGCGUCCUGCUGGUGAUACUGUCCUCGGUGGACAACAGCAAUGAAGCAGAGGAACACAAGCAUCAGCGCCACUUCAACCGCGCGAUGGCAAUGCGCUCGCUACGCGGGUACUCCAUAUCCGGCGCGCGAGGACGCAAGAAGGCCUAAAGCCGUUAAUAAACCGCUCUUACAAUACUCAAGAUCGCUCUUGAGAUGCUUAAAGUAUGCUAGUGAGACUAACGCCCGUAUCAUUAGUCGUUUCCUAGAGAUAAAACCAGCUCAUACCUCAAUAAUAAGGGCCAACGCUAAAAUUGCGCGGGCGCACGCUCGGUGU